AUGGCUCGUCAAAAAGAGGUUCAUCACCGUCAUCUCGAUACUCCAACGAAGGCGCGGGUUAAAGGCGCUGUUGCGUUUGCGCAGCUCCAAAAGCAGCGAUACGGCCACGACUUCAGCUAUCAGGAUAUCUUCCGAUCCUUCCAAGUCAGCAAAUCCCGUGGCUAUGAGAUACUCAAGUCGUCGUCCGAUAGGACAUUUCACAACGAAUUCGAAGAGACUCGCGGCCGGAAGAAGCUCCUUGCAGACGAAGACCUGGAUAAGCUUAAAAAGCUGAUUUGGUCGCAAGAUUUUGAGGCUCGCGGGUUGACUUGGUCCCAAUUGCUUCCAGCGGCUGGAAUAGAUAAACAGAUCAGUCUUUCGACUGUUCGACGACGUCUUGGAACACGGCAUUGGCGAAGGUGUGUUGCUUGCCUCGGCACGCAUCGGCGUAACAGCGGGAAAUGA